AUAACAUGACAUGGUCAUGUCUUUGGACCUGAACUGUCAUGAUGACUUACGAUAGCAUAUGUUGUCUGCCAUAUCAAGUUUAAGACAUAUGUCAGAAUGGGGGAUGGUUUGUAUCAGUUAACUGCUUGUCUCACAGAUCUCAACUGGCUGAACUCACCUAAAUGAUUGUAGCCUUUGAAACGUACUAUACAAUCAGUCUAGUAUGUUGAAGCAGGGAGUAAUGUUGUAGGGUUAUAAUACACUAUUGUAACAUGAAGUGUUCUCAACAGGAUAAUGCUGGUAAUUUCAGUGAAACCCGAGUAAUAAUCGACAUUAUAGACCAACUCAGACCUCAAUUUAAGCAUAACCGUUAUGAAGCCUCCGUAUCAGAAAAUCAGGUGGGACCUGUUCUUGAAGUUCUUCCAGCACCCAUUCAGGCCGACACAAGUGAAGGAAGCAAUUACACAAUAAUAUACAGCAUCAAUGAAGAUUCUCCAAGCGAUUACCAGAACAACUUCAAUGUUGACCAGGUCACGGGGAUCAUAAGAGUUGUUACUGAACUGGACUUUGAGGAAAUUAAAGACACCAUUACCAUCCCUUUAAAAGUAAGAACAGACAAAUAAAAAAA